AUGGCGUCCUCGACAGCCUUCGCGGCCUCGUUCUUUGUUGCGCCACGAACAGUAUUGGCCGCUGCACGUCUGAGUAGGUCGAAUUGCCGUUCGUGGAGCACCAGCAGCCCACCUUCCGACGUCGACGUUGCCAAGCUGCUUGAGCGACCAACAUGGUCAGUCCGUGCUCUGCUGCCAAGCCAGAAGUCUGGCGCAUCGGAUGAAGACGCUGCCAUCACUCCGGCUCUGCUUCGCCAUCUCCUCCGUCUCUCGGCCCUUCCACUUCCAUCGUCACCUGACGAACAGGCGGCCAAGAUCGAGACUCUCCGUUCCCAACUGCACUUUGUUCGCGACGUCCAAGGCGUCAAUACCGCCGGUCUCCGACCACUCCAGUCGAUCCGGGAUGAGACUCGUGAGGCGAUUCAGGAGCAAACAAUCGGCAUCAAGCAACUCGAGCAGGCCCUGCUCCAGGAAGAAUCAUUCGGACACCGCAAGCGCCCGCGCAGACGCCAGCACACAGUAGCCACCGCAAGCACAGAAGAGUGGGAUGUGCUCGGCUUGGCCACAAGGACGGCUGGGAAUUACAUCGUGGUCGACAGUGGGGAGCAGUGA